AUGAAUUCAACCCUUGACCCGACGUUGCUGGAGGAUGCUGGCAACAACACAAUGCAAGGGUUGCCGAUGUCAACCAAAUUAACGAUUGGUGUCCUGGCUGGGGUUGCAGCAUUUGGUCUGAUCAUCAUCAUAAUUGUAUUGGUUUGUCUCCUGGUCCAGUCAAAGAAAAGCGGAACGGUUAAAAAGGCAAAGUCCCAGAAUUCUGAGCUUCCUGCUUCCCAUACCCAAAUGACUCCAUACCAUGGCCACUUCCGGUCAUCGAAUGAUAUUCCACCUGCAGGUGCAUACCCUCCCGAUGGCAACUUCCGGGAGUAUGACAACUGGGCAUAUACUGCUGGCACUGACGAAUUGAGCUACUAUCCAGACGUCAUUUCCGACUUAAACCGGAAAAGUGCAAUAGGAAACAAAGACCUUCGAUGGGCAACAGUUAGUCUCCGGGCACACGACAACUAUGAUUACGCACGUUAUGGUCGAAUACCAAGAGCCAAACUUUACGAGCGCAAAGAAGAUCUCACUUCUUAG